GGCAGCUCAGCAUCUUCAUCUUCACCUCUGCACGAGCACAACCACCGGCCGCGGUACCGGAGCUUUACCGACAACAACAAACAACAACAACAACAACAAACAGCAACUGGAUUUAAUACUUUUAAAAAACGAAGAGCGCGAGGGAAUUCCCCCCACAACCCCCCCAAAACAAACAUCUUUAAUCAGAUUAGCACACGCACUUUUUGAGGAUGGUUCUGGAGCGCGAGGACAGCUUCAUGUCAGAGUUUGAGGACGCGUGCAGCGCAUGGGUGGACAGCGUGGGUCCAUGUUCCAGUGACGGGACUGACUGUGACUCUGUGGGCUCACCGUUCUGCCAAGUCGUGUCUCCGGGCACUGACGCCUCUGACUCAGAUUUCUUCUCCGACUUCAGUGACUGCUCCUCGGACACUCUCUCUCCAUCCCUCGGCUACACCGGCAGCUUCUUCCCGGAGGCGGAGGCUCCUGCAGCGGCAGCGGGACUGAGCAGCACCGCGGACGCGAUCCUCAACAUGAUCACCGAGAUCGUGGGCAUCUGCACCGAGAUGGAGCAGCAGGGCGAGUCCCCGCCAUCCUCCUCCUCCUCGCAGCCUCCUGUUGUGGUGAAGAGUGAGUUCGUGAGCUCCAGCUGCAGCAGCGGCUCUGGACACUGCUCCGUGCCCGGGGGCGACGCUCUGCUGUCGGCCACCGCGGACUCUCUGCUCCCGCUGGAGCAACAGGUGGAUGUGGGAGAUUUCAUCGACUCGCUGCUGAGCUCCGACGCCGCUCAGAGCGAGCUGAAGGCCGCCUGCGAGGUGAAGCAGGAGCCGCUGGGGCUGGAGGAGUGGCUGAGGGGCGUGGCGGCGGCUCCGGUGCUGACCGGGGGAGAUUCUGGCAGUUACGUCAUCAGCAGACCGGUAGUGAAGACGGAGCUCGUGCAGAGCGGGGGCGACCUCCUCCUCCCCACCUCCACUCUGGACGCUCACCUCCUGUCCUCCCUCCUGCAGGGCGCGUUCCCGAUCAUCAACAUCGGCAACGUGCACGCGGCGGGAACCCCCAAGCUGUCACGCGGCGGCGGCAGGAGAACUCCCGCCAAGAGCGCGCUCAAAGUAAAGCCGUUCCCGUGCUCCGUGCAGGGGUGCGAGCGCCGCUUCUCGCGCUCGGAUGAGCUCAACCGCCACGUGCGCAUCCACACGGGACAGAAGCCGUUCCAGUGCACGAUCUGCGCGCGCAGCUUCAGCCGCAGCGACCACCUGACCACGCACACGCGCACGCACACCGGGGAGAAGCCCUUCUCCUGCGAUGUGUGCGGGAAGAGGUUCGCACGCAGUGACGAGAGGAAGAGGCACGGGCGCGUGCACGUCAAGCAACAGCUGCGCGCACAGAUGAUGGCCGCCUACUCCCUGGCCCUGAACGCGCCUGGAGUUUAAAAAACAACAACAGAGAGUUUGUCUUUGAAGCUUCAGGUGUUUGAACCGAUGAAAGCGUCAGUGACGUCACUGUGACGUCACAGUGCGUUUGUAGGCUGACGCCCUCAUGAGAAGAAAAAGUGGGAGUUUACAGGUGUUUACAGGAGCACGUGACCACCCCCUGGCGGGUCUUUGCAGGAGGGGGAGGAGUCACACACUUCCUGGUGGUGCUCAGGUGUAGCCCAGGCCACGCCCCGUGCCUCCACGUCACCACAGUGCUCUCUGAGGUGUCAGAGGCGGACGUUAAAGGAGCAGUCCGUGUCAUAGACUGUAACAUACUUCGCUGCAUGAGGAUGUGAAACAGUGAAUGUCGUGACGCAGAUGUUUGUACGUUUAUAUUUGAAAAAAAAAAGAUCUAUAUGUUUGUUAUUACACAUAAAUAUCAAAAUAUAUUCUAUUUUUAUAGAUGGUUGUUUACCUGCGAUUGUUUAUCUUCCUCUCCUUCGUGUAUCAGAGUGUGUAUAUUUGUACCAGAGACUUUUCUAUGAAUGUGAACCAUGUUUUAUCUCCUGGUCGUCGUCGUCACGGCAACUGAAGACGACGACAACGUUGUUUACCGCUCCCUGUUCUGCAUGGAGGCUGCUGCUGUCAAUAAACAAACAAAAGAGAAGAAAA